AUGGAUGGAAGCGUAGGCUUCCUCCAAGUAUCUCCUCAAUCACAGGCAUUGCUCCAUACCCCUAUAAUGACUGAAAAGUCAGACAUGGUCAGGAAACAAAAAAACGCACUGAAAAGGAUGGACACCUUGGCAUGGAGGUCUGGGAAAAAUGGCAACCACCUGUGUGGAGGUGGCCUGCAGCCUGAAAUCGCUCCUGCAGAAGUGAUAGAAGGACAAUCAGUCGUUCUGACCUGUAAAACCACCUGCAAUCUUACUGAGCCAACAUUCAUCUGGUACAAAAACAGCAGAGAUUUAACCACAAAGGCCAAAAAGAACAAUGAAGUCCGUCUGCAGUCGGUCAGCUUUGAGGAUGCAGGCAGUUAUAGCUGUGCUGUAAGAGGAUAUGAACAUCUCCACUCUCCUGUUCAAACCCUCAGAGUCAGAUAUCCUCCAAAAAACGUCUCAGUGUCCAUCAGUCCCUCUGGUGAAAUAAUGGAGGGCAGUUCAGUGAAUCUGACCUGUAGCAGUGAUGCUAACCCACCUGUACAGAACUACACCUGGUUUAAGGUGAAAGAAUCAUCACCUGUAGGAUCUGGACAGAGUUACAGAGCUGUACAGAGUGGACAGUAUUACUGUGAGGCUCAGAAUAAACACGGCUCUGAGAGAUCAGCUGCAGUGUCUGUCACUAUUAAUGGUACUGUGAUUGUGAUUGUGUAUGUGGCUGUUGAACUCGGACUUUUUGGGCUUGCAGCUCUUCUCUCUGCACUCUUCUGGCUGAGAAGCAAGAGACAGAAGAAGAAGAAGGCAGAUGAAGGUGACAGUCAGAACACUGGGUCGAUUGCUAAAGAUGACAUUUACCAAAAUCUCGAGAUGUCACAGAUUUCUCAUCCCAGUCCUCAUGCUGACAUGCCCACAUCCUCUGACUAUGGGAAUAUUGCAAUAAUGAAUAGAGAGCUCCUCACUGAAGUGGGAAACUCAGCUACAUCAGGAACUUAG